ACUCACAGAUGCAUAACCUGAAAUUAACUUAAUUACCUGUUGGCUCUUUCUGGUUGACUUUUUAUUCCCUCCCCGUCACAGAUUUUUUUUUUCCCCUUCCUCUGAGGUGUGACAUACUUUCAGACGCUGCACGAGAGGAAGACUUUUCACAAUGUCUAUAGGUCUGGAGUUGAUGGGCAUUUCUUUAUGCAUUCUGGGAUGGAUUAUUGCGAUCGUGGCGUGCGCCCUCCCGAUGUGGAGGGUGACGGCCUUCAUCGGCAGCAACAUCGUGACGGCUCAGAUCAUCUGGGAGGGCCUGUGGAUGACCUGCGUGGUCCAGAGCACGGGCCAGAUGCAGUGUAAGGUCUACGACUCCAUGCUGGCCCUCUCUCAGGACCUCCAGGCUGCCCGCGCCCUCACCGUCAUCUCCAUCCUCUUGGCCAUCCUCGCCGUGCUCAUCGCCAUCGCUGGAGCCAAGUGCACCAACUGCAUCGAAGACGAAGCAUCCAAGGCCAAGGUGAUGAUCAUAUCCGGGGUCUUCUUCAUCGUGUCCGGGGUCAUGCAGCUCAUUCCCGUGUCCUGGUCGGCCAACACCAUCAUCAGGGACUUCUACAACCCGUUACUCACCGACGCCCAGCGGCGGGAGCUGGGCGCCGCGCUCUACAUCGGAUGGGCGGCGGCUGCCCUCCUGAUUCUGGGCGGCGGGCUGCUCUGCUGCUCCUGCCCGCCACGUGAGACCAGAUAUAACCCUUCGCGGAUGGCUUACUCUGCACCGCGGUCUGCAGGUGGUCCUGGGUUGGAGAGGAAAGACUACGUUUGAUAAAAGUGGGGGGAAAAAAUUAAGAAAAAAGACAUUUUUCAACCUCAGACCGGCUCUCCACGCAAAGUGAGGGAAAGAGCUGAAGGGAACGAGGAGACUCCACAGUGAAGGAUGUUGUUGAUUUGCCUUUAACGUUAAGUAUCUCUGAAAAUAAGCUUGACAAAAAUGACUACAGAAGGAGUCAUUUGAGCAAAAAUUAAAGCGAUUAUUUUCCUAUUGUCAUGGCAUUUUGUAAGAUCAGUGCACUAAUGUAUCACUCUGUACUUUUUAUACAGUCGUGGCUUUGUUUUUGCCAUUCAAUGUUUUUAAGAAAACUGCCAUCACUCCUAAUAUCCAUCCUUAUCUGUUUUGGUUACAACAGGGUUAUGUGCUGUAAAUACGGUAGCAUUAUUGAUAAUCAAGUGUACAAGGUAUGACGGAUGAUAUUUAACAGUUUUUAGUGUGGUGUGGUAAAGGUGGGGGUGGAUGCUCUGAAUGCUUCACAGUGUGACGCAGGAUAAAAGCACCUGUUUUUUUUUUCUCUGUAUUACACACCAGCAGUGUAUGUCACAAGUGUUUUUUAAUAAAUACAUGU